AUGGCACAGGCAUCCCUUACUUCGCUCUUUACACAGACUGGGAAAGGAUUGCGCGCGUCCUCUUCCUUUACCGAACAUGCCUCAUCAUCCAAGUCUGGGCACACGCGAAAGCGCAGCGAGGCGGAGGAUACGUUCCCUACCCAGGUCACCCCGCUCAAACGACAACGAGUCACUACAUCUGCACGAUUACAGUCUGCCGCGCCAUUGGCAGAACGCCUGCGGCCGCAAACUCUGGCAGAGUUUGUUGGUCAGCCUCACUUGACCGGGCCGGGUUCUCUCUUACGGAGCCAGCUCGAUCGGGGCGCUACGGGGAGUAUCAUAUUCUGGGGACCACCUGGAUGUGGCAAGACUACGAUAGCGCGACUGCUUGCAAAGAGCUCCAACGCUGUAUUCAAAGAAUUGAGCGCUACGGACUCGGGCAUAGCGGACGUUCGCGCGGUCGUCGAGGAAGCCAAGAGUUUGCUCGCCCUCACAGGCAGGCGGACCAUCCUAUUCCUAGACGAGGUACACCGCUUCAACAAGGCCCAGCAGGACAUCUUCCUCCCAUUCCUUGAACAAGGUCAUCUGCAGCUUAUAGGAGCUACGACCGAGAAUCCCUCCUUCCGGCUUACCAGCGCGCUGCUGAGCCGAUGUCGUGUCUUCGUGUUAGAGCGACUCACAGAUGACGACAUCAGAAAAAUUAUCAUUCAAGCCGUAGAGCGUCCCGAGCCCGCGUUCGCCGCAUACCCACAACUGACACCCAAGGUCCUGUCAACGAUCGUCUCACUGUCUACUGGCGACGCGCGUACCGCGCUUUCCCUUCUCGAACUCGUCCUCUCUGCCUCCUCCGCCUCGGACGAGGAGAAGCUCCUCAGCGCACUUCGCCGCUCGGUAUCGACUGCAUACGACCGCUCUGGCGACGCGCGUUAUGACCUCAUCUCCGCCCUGCACAAGAGCGUACGCGGCAGCCAGGGCAGCGCCGCGUUAUACUGGCUUGCACGUAUGCUGGGCGCCGGCGAAGACCCCCUGUACAUCGCUCGGCGUAUGGUCGUAUGCGCGAGCGAGGACAUCGGGCUCGCGGACAGCCAUGCGCUCCCUCUGGCAAUGUCGACAUACCAGGCCUGUCAGGUCAUAGGUAUGCCGGAGUGCCGCAUCAACCUCGCGCACCUCGUAUCGUACCUAUCGGAGGCGCCCAAGUCGACUCGCGCGUACGAGGGCUACAAGCGCGCUGAGGAGGCCGCAAAGCUCGACAUGACGAUUCCCGUCCCGCUCAUGGUGCGUAACGCGCCGACGGGGCUCAUGCAGAAUCUCGGGUAUGGCCACGGGUACCGGUACAACCCGGAGUUCGCGCAUCCGGUCACGAACGACUAUCUCCCGAUACAGUUCCGCGACGAGGAGUUCCUGCUGAAGGAGGGAGAUAUCCACGACAAGGCCUGGGAUGAAGACGCGCUCCGGGAGUGGGAGUUCAAGGAAAACGGCGGACGCCCCUGGUCGGGUCGCCCAGCCGACACUGGUGCUAGUUCGUCUAACGAGCAGCACACUUAA